UGUGGCACGGGAAACACUCCUUUCCGAAGCCACUCGAUGGCGCGUCACGGCUAUUUAUUGGUCGGCUCAUCCCGUUCUACAACAGGUAGGGGGUUGCAGAAAAACAAUCUGAAAGGCUGCAUUCGCUCGGUUUUGCGGUAACUCACUCUUCUGUUGUAACUUGUUGUUGAACAAGAACAAGCCUUGUCUUACCUCUAUCUUUUUGGGCUCUCACAAGAUGCCACGAGCCAAGACUAGCAAACGCGCCAGCGCCAGUACUCCGACUGUUAGCCGGAGCAAUAAGCGACCUCGAAUCGACGAACCCAUACCUAGUCCACCACGAGAAUCCCCCGAGGCACCGCUUAAGGUUGAAGCCCCAGAGAUUGAUACGGAAACCGAUACAGAAACUGAUAUGGGACUGGGUGUGGAUUAUCUGGAAGACGAGAUAGACGAAGAUGUAAAAUUGUUGAUCGGCAAGGGCCCAUAUGCAUGUUUCCUGGAGCAACUUGACGAGGAGGAGGGUGAAUACAUCCCAUACUUCCCGUUGGCCAUGAUGGUCAAAUUGGAAGCAAAGCGCCUUAUGCUCGCCUCGAUUAUAGAAGCUCCUGGAGUCGUGGCAUACCUCAUUACGACUCAGAUGGUCCGAGCAGACGAAGAGGAGAAACCUGUGCGUAUAGGGCUGUGUCAUGGGGUGGAAGAUGCCAACAUUAUAGCAAUGACGGAAUUCUCUCAAGAGAAUCCCCGGUGCUUGAACGCAAUGGGAGUCAAGUAUUUCCUAAAAACCCUGGGCGAGAUGAUGAGGCGCUAUGGGCCAUCUAGGGAGCGCAUUUCCCGAAACAAGAAGAUAGAUAGAGUGUGUUAUGAUACGAAAAGCUCUUUCUGGAGUAUUGACAUAAACGGGUGCCUAUCUCUUGCGGUUCUUUAUGUGGGACAGGGGUAUAUGGUGCGUGUGGAGAGGGUAAAGUUCAUCAGUCCAGAAGAGUAGAUAUUGUCAAGAUGGGGAGUCUUUGGUUUUCUCGUAGAGAUAAUACGGACCAUGGUUGGCGGUAGUUUUGGUAGUGUCAUGUUUGUAUUAGUGAUUAGCUAAAUAUGUGUAUACUUCAAAUUGAUGGAGAUGGUAGUAGGUAGAAUAAAAGGGUUGAUGGAAGGAAGGAAGAGGGAAGAUGUGAGGCGUUAUCGAUAGACAUUCAUAAAAUUAUACCAUAUUAGUGCAUAAUGUGACGUCGUCAUACCAUUAGUGUCAGAAAUAGUGACUUACGUAGGUACCUUACAGGGCUUACAGGGCGCUUUACAGG